AUGAGUGAGAAAAAACAAGUUUGUGUGAUUGGUGCUGGAGUAUGUGGAUUGCCGGCGGCAAAGUAAGUUCUUUUAAAAUGAGAUUACUGAAAGUAUAAGAUUUUAAUACUAUAUACAACACCAUUGGCAAAGUUGUAAUACUAGAAAAAAGACAGUUAUAGAUGUUAAAGUCCUUUUUUUAAUUAUGAUUAAGAUAGUACAACAUGCUCAAUAAUAUAGGUCCACUAGUAGACUUUACUCCAAGAUCUAAAGCUUUUAGUACCACAUACUUAACAGUAUGGGUGGUUCAAUAGUACCACAUACUCUAACAAAUACGUCUUUGACUACCGCGUACCUAGUAGUAUAAGCCUACUAGUACCACAUACUACAAAAUACAGGCUUGCUAGUACUAUAUGCUUAAAAAUAUGAAUACCCUAAUCGCGCAAACUAUUUAUUUACAUGAGUAACAUAGUAUAAUAUAUUGAAAAAUACACGUCUUUUAGUACCACGUACUAUUUAUUCUAGUAUUAGCAAAUAUUAUGUGGUACUAACCUCAAAUUAGUAUUAAACUUAAAAUUAUAUUAGCAUUUUCGUACUAAAAACUAUGAGUAUUGCGAGUAUGCCUAAUAGUAGCAAGUACUCAUAAUGACAUGAUAUUCAUUUCAGAUGGGCAGUACAAUACGGCCUAGAACCUACAGUAUUUGAAGCCCAAAGCCAGUUGGGCGGACUGUGGAAUUACAAGGAAGAAGAGACCGAGUUCAGCACGGUGAUGAAGCAAACCGUCAUUAACACCUCCAAAGAGAUGUCAGCCUACUCGGACUUUGUGCCGGAUGCCGAGGAUGCCAACUUUAUGCAUCAUACCAGUAAGUUAUUUUGAAAACUGGCAUUUGAAGGAAGUUUUGACCUUGAUUUUAAAAAAUUCGUUUAAACCUUCUUACAAUCUUAUAAUUUGUUAGUUAAUUUCAAUAAUAUGUUUAAAAUUUUUAUCAAGAAAUUCAUUUUUGAUAAGUUUUUCAAUAUGUUGUCAAAAAAAGUUACUUUUUUAGACUUUUGUUGUAAAAAAGUUACCUUUUUUUCUUAUCAAGAAACAAUUCGUCGAUCAUAAACGUUAGUGUUAUGUCUGGAAAAACUUUUAAAACUACAGUGGAGCUCCUGCAUAAACAACUCCUCUAUAACAAAAUUUCUGUAUAACAACCCACUAUUAAAAGGCAUUUAAAACUCCUGUAUACCGAGACUUCUUCAUAACGAACAAAUUAAAAACCCCCGAGCGAUUCCUCCACUGUUGUUCCACUGUAUCAAUCUUUUUGGGCCAAGCCUAAAUUAAGGGGUUCUAUUGUAUAACCAAUGCCGGGCUGACAAUUUUUUUAGCACGAUAAUAAAAACAAACAAAAUUUAUUUUCGAAAUUAUCCCAAAAAACGAUUUUUUUUGUGCAGAUCAUUUCCAUAGUCUAAAUUUAGAUGUUUCAUUACGUACAGCAGAACAGAACAUCACCGUCCGCUCAACCCUGUUUUUUUGGUUAUGACCCAAAAACGUUUACAGUAGAAUUUAAGCCAGAGAUCAUAUAAAAAAUUUGACAUAACACAAUUUGUUGUGAUCGACGAUUUGUUUCUUUUCAAGAAGAAAAAAUGUAUUUCAUUACACCUUCUAAAUAAGGGAACAUUUUGUUGCGGAAACAAGUGUAGCUUUUUGUAAAAAAUUAGAAAAGCAACAUUUUAUUGAGUUCAGAAAAUUAAUCUUAGUAUUUGAAAAUUUUUCAUUCUUAUCUCUGGGGUCUUUAACUUUGUUCGUUAUAAAGUAGUUUUGUUAUACAGGGGUUUUAAAUGCAUUAAAGUUGUUCGUUAUACAGAAGUUCAACUGUAGUUUUUCAUUAAAACAUCAGCAAAAAGUCAUUUUUGAUCCACAAAAAUAAGACCGUUUUAUGGAAAUUGAUUAAAAAAGUCAUUUUUUAUGAAUUUGCAAAGUUGCCAUUUCUUAUCAGUAAAAAAAUAAUCGUUUUUAAUCCGUAAAAGAGCAAUCAAUAGGCACAAAGGGCACGAUAAAUUGCAAAACUUGUAAACAAAACUAAAUUAAGAUCAUCAAAAAUUAAAUUUUUGAAAAUAAAUUUAGAUCACCUAAAGUACUAAACCUAAAUCAUAUUUCAGAGCUCUGGAGAUACCUAGACCGCUACGCUGACACUUUUGACAUCAAAAAGUACAUCAAAUUCAAUCACCGUGUAACCAACGUGGAACGAGCUUCCGACUACUCUACGGCCGGUCGUUGGACCGUGACCUACGCCGACAAUCAUAACCAUGAACACAAGCAAACCUUUGACUUUGUCCUGGUCUGUGUUGGCCACCAUGCCACGCCCAACAUGCCCAAACCAUGGCCAGGACAAGACAAAUGGAACGGCCGAAUGAUCCACUCACAUUCCUACAAGAAACCCACCGGAUACGACGACAAGAACGUUCUGGUCGUAGGUAUUGGCAACUCGGCCGUGGAUGUGGCCUGUGAGCUGUCUCGUAUCGCCAAACAAGUGACAAUUUCAACCAGACGUGGUGCUUGGGUUGUGGGUAAACAUAUUGAGAAGGGGUACCCUAUGGACAUGUUUUUGAAUACAAGAUUGAAUACCUUGAUCAAAUGGCUCAGUUUGGACUACUUUAACAAGUUGUGCGAGGAAAAGUUCACCAACUUCUUUAACCAAGAUGAAUAUGGUUUGAGACCAAAGCAUAAGCUGAUUGCUCAACAUCCUACUAUUUCUGAUGAGUUGCAUAGUAAGUUUUUUUAAGGCAACCCAAUAUGAAAUAACAAAGUUAAUUCUAAAAAUGAAAAAAAAAAUAUUUUCAAUCGUCUAACCCCUCAUUUUCAGACAAAAUUGGCUGUGGCACGGUAAUCCUAAAAGGCGACAUUAAGUGCUUCACAGAGAACGGUGUCAUAUUCGAAGAUGGUUCAUUUACCGAGGUCGACGAAGUCGUAUGUUGUACCGGCUUUACAUUCGACUUCCCCUUCCUGGACAGUGGAAAACUGAUUCCAGUGGUCGACAACCGUGUCGAACUGUUCAAAAAAGUGUUCCCAAUGAACUCGGCCGAUAAGAAUACCUUGGGAGUUAUAGGAUUAUUCCAACCGUUGGGUUCUGUCGUAGCCCCUGGGGAAAUGAACUGCCGGCUGUUUUAUGAACAAGCCCUUGGCCACAUCAAAUUGCCGUCGAAAGAGGAGAUGCUCAAGAACAUUAAGCUCACAAAUGAGCGUAUAUUCAAGCGCUACACCAACGUGCCUCGACACACGAUCCAAGUAGACUAUGUUGAGUACAUGGACGAGAUGGCUACCAUGGUUGGCUGUAAACCACCAAUGGCCAAACUCUUCUUCACCGACUACACCUUGUGGAAGGCAUUGUUCUUUGGGCCAGAUGUGCCAUAUGCUUAUCGACUGGUCGGUCCACAUCCUUGGCCCUACGCUCGUGAAGCUAUUUUGGAUGUGGAGACCAGAAGAAUCAAGGCUAUCAGGAAGAGAGAGACUCCUAAUGACGUGCUUAAACAAUGCGCAGAACUUAAGAAGGAUAGGACAAGUCCAGUGUGGUAUGCGGGAGGUGUUGUGUUGUUGGCGGCAGCUGUUGUGAAGAUGUACAAGUUUGGUGUGUUACAAGAGCUACCGCAUUUUUGGGAGAACUACGUUUAAUUUGUGUGUUCGUUGUAAAUAUAAAUGUAAUAAUGAGUUGAUGAAAAUGAAUAAAGACUUUUGAAGCCAUAAAUCAAUUGACAAAGAUCUCUAUAUUAUUUGUAGCAUAAAAAUAUCCUUAAAAUGCCUCUAGCAACACUAUAUUCAACCUCAAAAUCAUUGGAGCAAAAAAAUUACAGUGCCUAAGACAUGGACCCUAAGAUAGGGCUUCUUGCCGGCCGUCAACAACUCGUUUCCAAGACUCAGCUCCAUCCUAAAAUGUAAAACUUAACAAAAAAUAAAAUAUUAAAUCGGCAAAAUUAAUAAUAAAACAUGGCCCCCGGCUUCGAACGGAUACAACUGAUUGCGAUGGCCACAAUCUCUGUCUUUUAAGGGGUUCUUUGAUGGUCUUCAGACAUCUUUUUAUGUCUUUGCUUCGGUAGUUCUGGCUUUUGAAAACAGUCCCGACAUAUCUCUGAGAUCACAAUCUAAUUUUUUAACUUUUAUGUUUUUGUUUUUUUAUAUGGAAUUUGAAUUUUGUGUUUACAUUCAAGGGACUUUUUAAAUAUUAUUUUACAUUUUUGGAAUUAUUUUUAUAUUUGUUUAUUAUUUAAACUUUUUAAGCGAAACACCCGCCGCCUGUUUUUUAGAACUUCUCGGCCGGGUGUUUUUUCUUUCCGAAUUUGAAUAACGAGGAGUUAUUCUAAUCUUGUUUGUAAAUUUUUACCACUCAUCUUUCGAGUCCUUUUACUUUUGAAAGCUUUUCGCCUUUGACAUUUAAUUUGUAACUAUAUUUUUAACGACCAAACACAUUCAUAUUUAUUAAUUUUAUCAGUUGUCCUUCGAAGUUUUUCGACUUUGGUUUUUAUUUUGUAACAACUUUUUAACGCCUAAAACCAAGCGCAUUCAUGUUUAUUAAUUUUUUAGCCUGGAUUGGCCCCAACGCUGGCCCAGCCAGGCUUCUUAUAACAUUACCCCCCUUGGCUAAAUCUUGGCUGGCCUCGACCAGCGACUGGGCCUGGAAGGCCCAGUCCAGUUCCCAGAACCUUUUCCCGAAUCCUUCCCCAAAACCACCACCCUUCAACUCUCCUGACCCUAAGACUGACUUCGAUAAAACACUUGGGUCCUCAGACCCUAUAAUCACGCCCUGA